AUUUCAUUUUGUUAUGUUGUUGUGAUUUUGUUACAUUUCUUUCAUAAUCAAAAACCAUGAGUCCUUCACCAUUUCAUUACAAGAAAGAAAUCACCCCAAUAGUCACAAAAUCCAACAACAACAACAACGUUAAUGGAAUGUUACCACCACAUUUGAAAAUCAAUAGAGAUUCUCAUUUCAUCAAAAAAUCAUCUUCAUCCCCGCCAUCGUCAUCUUCGUCGUCAUCGUCAACAACAUCAACGAUGAUCAAUAGCAUGGCAGCAUCAAAUAAACCACCUCAACAACAUCGACACCCUGUAAUAAUUUACACGCAUUCUCCGCGUGUCAUCCACACUACGCCUAAGGACUUUAUGACGUUGGUGCAAAAACUCACCGGACUCACUCCCUUGGAGAAAAAGGACAACGAGAACAAUAUUGUUCUGUCGUCUCAAGAUCAAGACCAACCUCCGAACCAAGAGUCCGUCACGAGUGAGAUGGUGGGAGACAAAGAGAAUGACCAAAAGAAAGUGGUUAUCCUUAGAAACGAGGACAAUGACGUCUCGUCAUCGGUGAUCACUGAUGAACACAUUUAUGGUAACAACAUUGGAGAAAAUCGAGAAAAUCAAUGUUUCAUUGCAUCGGAGGCACCAAUUUUUGAGCCUGCGUUUAACCCUUACAUGACAAACUAUUUGUCAUCAAACUUGCCGGAGUUCUUGUACUCGAGCCCGCCGUUAAUGAACUACUCUGAUUCAUUUUUCUCUAACAAUAUGAUAGCCACUCUUCCAAACUCUAACACCUUGGAAGAGAUGAGUGAGUUUGGUGACUAUGGAUUAUAGUUGAGGUUUUACUCUGGUUUGAAUUUUUUUGUGCCAAUAAAAGUUCUAGUUUUCCAGGAUAGAACUUCAUUUUCUUUUUUGAAGAAUCAAUAAUACUUGUUUGUUGUAGACAAAAUGUUGUACCUCU